AUGGAGAAGGAUGUAAUCACCCAUCACAGUGGCCUCUCUUCAAAAUUGGUGGAUAGGUUGAAGAAAACGAUUGUUAAUGAGUGUAUGUGCAUGGAAAAAAAAAAAAAAAAGGGGAAGAAAGAAAGAGAGAAAGAAAGAGAGAAAGAGAGAGAGAGAAAGAGAGAGAAAGAAAGAGAGAAAGAGAGAAAGAGAGAGAGAGAGAGAAAGAGAGAAAGAGAGAAAGAGAGAAAGAAAGAGAGAAAGAAAGAGAGAAAGAGAGAAAGGGAGAAUGAGAAAGAGAGAAAGAGAGAAAAAAAGAGAGAGAAAGAGAGAAAGAGAGAAAGAGAGAAAGAAAGAAAGAGAGAAAGAGAGAAAGAAAGAAAGAAAGAAAGAAAGAAAGAAAGAAAGAAAGAGAGAAAGAAAGAGAGAAAGAAAGAGAGAAAGAGAGAAAGGGAGAAUGAGAAAGAGAGAAAGAGAGAAAAAAAGAGAGAGAGAAAGAGAGAAAGAGAGAAAGAGAGAAAGAAAGAAAGAGAGAAAGAGAGAAAGAAAGAAAGAAAGAAAGAAAGAAAGAAAGAAAGAAAGAAAGAAAGAAAGAAAGAAAGAAAGAAAGAAAGAAAGAAAGAAAGAAAGAAAGAAAGAAAGAAAGAAAGAAAGAAAGAAAGAAAGAAAGAAAGAAGGAAAGAAAGAAAGAAAGAAAGAAAGAAAGAAAGAAAGAAAGAAAGAAAGAAAGAAAGAAAGAAAGAAAGAAAGAAAGAAAGAAAGAAAGAAAGAAAGAAAGAAAGAAAGAAAGAAAGAAAGAAAGAAAGAAGGAAAGAAAGAAAGAAGGAAAGAAAGAAAGAAAGAAAGAAAAGUAUGAACUGCUUCAGUAGGGACAAUUGCAAGGUGCAAAAUUUAGGUAGGAAUAAUUGUCCACACAAAGGCAGGCAGGGGAACAGCCAGGUAGCUUGUCCAUGGAAAAGGACCUGCAAGUUGUUGAGAAUACAACCAGAAGUAAAAAUCAUUAUGCUGUUGCAAAUCAAGAAAAGAUAUAACAGGCUGUAUCAGCAGGUUUGGUUUAUAAAAUACAUGUAUCUUACAGAACAGGAAGAUCCACAGCUGGAUUACUGUGUUUAGUGUUGGACACUGCUCUUCAAGACUGGUUGAAGAGUGUCUGGAACAGAAAAAGGAAGAUUAAGAAUUCUGAAUUACUUGAUUUGCAGGGUAAAACUAUAUAGUUUAAAAAAGAGGAGUCCGAUGAGAAACACGAGAUUAAUCUUUAAGUAUGCUUAUAUCUAAUGCACAGAGGAAAAGAAUUAUCUGCUCCCGAUCUUCGUGGCAUAUGUGGCAAAAAGUAAUGGACUGAUUUUCAGUAAGAAACCUUAAAGUUAAAAAUUAGAUAAUCUUUCUAUCAGGGAAGAAAGUGAAAUAGCUGGAUUAAGGACACUCCAUUGCUGAAUGUGUCUUGGGACAGCUUAGUUUUCUACUGUGACCCUUUCUGAGGGCUGAGGAGGGGGCUGGGUUACUUCUGAUAGUCAGAUCUGACACUAGCUGAUGGUUUUGGCAUGAGGCACUGUGAACACAAAGGCUUUGAGGCCAAAUAGUGCAGGUUCCCACAUAGCAUGAGAUCCGGAGUUUCAAGAUCUCAUAACCUCAUUAAAGCAUAAAAUGCUUCUGCCUGUCACAUCCUUAACAAAAAAAAUGUAAACGUUCCAACUGAUUUUACUAAUACUUUGCUGGGUCUACAGACAACCUAAAAUACCAGCGCAGAGGUGUGACCUGUUCAUUUCAUCCCAAGUAUGGAAAUCUACUGUCAGUCAGAGUAAAAGUCAUGGGAAUGUUAGCUGAGGCAUUUUUAGGGUCUUGCCUUUGGAAAUAACAUAAGUGGUGAACAGGAUCUUUCUGGACCUGUUUAUAAUUAGCUUGUUACAGUAUUUCAUUAGUAUGACUUUAGGUUAAUUAAAAUUUAGCAAAUAUAAGUUAGAAUCAAGAGCAGGUAAAUCAAUGCAUGGAUGGAAAGCCUAGUGGAGCAAUUAUAUUUUUUUCCUUUGUCUUGGUAUUCAUAUGUGUUCACAUGGUUAUACCCCAUUGAAUCAAGUGCAGGAGCAACUUUUAUAUGCUUCUGUGAGCUGGAUUGGGUACACUCGGUUAUUCCUUGCUUUCUUUGGACUUCAGUGUAGUCAGGCUGAUUUAAACAAACUGUUGCACUAUGAUCUAGACAAGCGGCCUGUGUGAGGGGUGGGGAACUGGCUGACAGGCCUCACCCAGAGGCUGGCAGUAAAUGGAUCUUUUUCAAAUUGGCAACCUGUUACAAGUGGGGUCCCGCAGGGAUCAAUAUUGGGCCCAACACUGUUUAACAUCUUCAUAAGUGUCCUUGAUGAUGGCAUCAAGUAUACCCUGAUGAAGUUUGCUUCCCCAAAUCAAGUGGGGAAGUGGAUACUUUGGAAGGGAAAACCACUCUGCAGAAAGACCUGGAUAGGCUGGAGGAGUGGGCUAACAGGAACCUUAUGAAGUUCAACAAAGGCAAGUGUAAGGUCGUGCACCUGGGAAAACAUAAUCCAGACAUGCAGCACAGGCUGGGAUCUACCCACCUGAGGAGCAGUUCUCUGAAAAUGGACCUGGGGCUCCAGGUGGACAGUAAGCUCAGUAUGAGUGAACAGUGUGCUGCUGUGACAAACAAAGCCAACUGUAUGCUGGGUUGCACCAAGGACAUCUACCAGCAGAAAUAAAGAAGUCAUUAUACCACUCUACUCAGCACUUGUCAAGUCACACCUGGAAUACUGUGCUCAGUUUUUGUCCCCACUAUACAAAAAAGAUGUGGACAGGCUGGAGAGAAUCCAGAGAAGGGCCACAAAGAUGAUCAAAGUACUGGGAAGCUGCCAUAGGAGGAGAGGCUGGGAGAACUGGACUUGUUCAGCCUUGAGAAAAGAAGGCUUAGGGUAGACCUUAUCACCAUGAUCCAGGUUUUAAAGGGUGGCUACAAAGAUAGAGGCUCCCUUUUUACAAGGAGCCACAUGGAGAAGAUGCUGGGUAAUGGUUACAAGUUACUUCUGUAGAGAUUCUGAUUGGACACAAGAGAUAAAUUUUUCACAAUAAGAACAAUCAGCCAUGGGAAUAAACUCCCCAGGGAAGUGGUGGAUUCUUGGACACUUUUAAGACGCAGCUGGACAGGGUACUGGGUCAUCUUGUCUAGACUGUGCUUCUGCCAAGAGAGGUUGGCCCAGGUGAUCCUUGUGGUCCCUUCCAACUUGGUAUUCUGUGUUUCUAUGAAAUAAAUGGGAAGGUUCUUCCUGUUCAUAAGGGAAACUUUUACUUGUUUUCACAGAUAAUGAAUCUGUUUCUAUAAAGUUAAUAGGACAUUGUCAAGACUUUCUUACUUGCACAGGUUUGUUGGUAUGCUUUAAUUUCUUCGGUGAAAAACGGAGGGAUUAUAUAAAGGGUGAUAGAAAGGAAGUUGGUUCUGAGUGACAUUUCUGAAAUGACCAUAGUGAGGUGAGUUGCAUUGCCAAGGUACAAUUUGUUUGUUCCAUACUUCUAUUUCAAAGUGUAGUUAAUUAGUUAGCAUGGAGUUAAUAAUGAACAAAUUUGGUCUAUUCUAUCUAAUAUUUUGGCAUCCCUACACUGUUACUGCACACUGGUUUGUCUCCCACUAUGACAGCCAGUCUUUUUCUCCUUCUUGCUUAUCUAUCUUCUCUCUAAACUGAACCAGGAUCAGUCUAUUUUCAGCUAGACUCAGAUGCAGGGACAGUAAAACCAUCUCAUUGAGAGCCUUGAAUUUCCUAUUUCUGGUGAGAUAAGGAUUGAGAAAACUCUACAACAGAAAUAUUUGUUACCUGUGUGUGAGUGGGGGCUGGUAUCUGCAUGCACAUGUGUCCCCUGUGCUGGCCAUCACCCUUAGGUUCUCCAUUAGCUUCAGGUGAAAAGCAAGAGUCUGAGAAUUCAGCUUGCAAGGAUGCAAAGAAGCACCUCUAUCUAUGGUACAUUCUGUGUUUGUUUCCAGCAGUAGGAAGAGCUGGGCAGUCUUUGGUACUGUGACACCAGUGCUGGGGUCCAGAUCGUAGAAGAGCAGCAAGUUAGCUGCAGAUGACAGCUCCGAGAGGGAGGAGCAAUGCAUGAAGAAGGAGGGCCUCUUGCAACAGAAACCUGAGCAGACAAUAGAAACUUGAAAAGGUUGAAAAGAAACAGGUUUCUAAACCCCCUUUUUUUGGGACUUCAAAUAUUAUAGCAUGUUACGAAGUGCUUUUCAAAAUAUCUGUGAGGUAACGUGCAAGGUAUUUCCUUGAGCUUUUAAUCAUAUGUAGAUUAGAACAUUACAACUGUACAAAGGCAUCUCAUUUUUGCCCUUUGACAAAACUUAGUAUUGCUCUAAGGCAAUGAACUCUAAGGAAGAAAAAAGAUUUUGUGGAAUAAUUCCAUGAAAAUACAUAUCAGUAUGAAGACAUCGUCAGCAAUCAUUUCAAAACUCCAUUUAUUUCACAGUGAACUUUGUGUAUGUCUGCAGGGGGUAUAAAAUAGAAAGAUAGGAAAAGCAGUUUAUUAAAGCCAAAUUGCACCAAGCAUAGAUGCCUUGUCAUCCAGCCCACAACAGGGAGUUUCGCCUUUCUACUUAUGCCAAAUGUCACCAUUCUGGUGAAUGACGCAAUAUAUACAGUUCUGAGUUCAACCUAGCUUUCCUAAAGAAACUUCAUCUGUUCCCUAUUCUCAUUUCUUCUUGAAAAGUGAUGCUUGCAGAAGUGCAGAUAUAAAUGCCAAUUGACCUGAUAAUUGGUUCUGCUUCUCCCACAACCCAAUGCUGAACAUUCAUGUAUCAAUAGACCCAUUAUCUGUAAGAGACAGUCACUAUUUCCUCAAUCUUACUGCAUCCAUAUAGACAGUCAAGGGCAGUGGAUCCUCAGGCACGCUGGAAAUGAGACAGAGUGGAUGGGAUCUCUCUAAGCUACCUUCAGGCAUCUGUGUUGGAGAGUGUGAGGGUACAGGACAAGAACCAUGGGCUAGCUUGGGUUUAAAUGCUUGCACUGAGAAUGUUUCCAUGAAAUGUUUUAUGAAAGGCAGGUCCUGUCUGACCUACCUGAUCUGCUUCUAUGACAAGGUGACCCACCUAGUAGAUGAGGGGAAGGUUGUGGAUGUUGUGUACUUAGACUUCCAUAAAGCCUUUGACACUAUAUUCCACAACAUUCUCCUGGAGAAGCUGGCAGCUCGUGGCUUGGGUGGGUGUAUGCUGUGAUGGAUAAAGAACUGGGAUGGCUGGCCACAAGUGGUGUUCCCCAGGGCUCAGUACUGGGACCAGUUCUGUGAUAUGGAUGAAGGGAUUGAGUGCACCCUUAGUAAGUUUGCAGAUGACACCAAAUUGUGUGGGAGUGUUGAUCUGCUGGAGGGUAGGAAGGCCAUACAGAGGGGUCUGGACCAGCUGGAUCAUUGGGCUGAGGCCAAUUGUAUGAGGUUCAACAAGGCCAAGUGCCAGGUCCUGCACUUGGGUCACAGCAACCCCAGGCAGCGCUACAAGUUUGGGAAAGAGUGGCUGGAAAGCUGCCUGGCAGAAAAGGCCCUGGGGGUGUUGAUUGACAGCCGGUUGAAUAUGAGCCAGCAGUGUGCCAAGGGGGCCAUAAAGGCCAGCAGCAUCCUGGCUUGUAUCAGAAAUAGUGUGGCCAGCAGGACUAGGGAAGUUAUUAUACCACUGUACUCAGCACUGGUAAGGCCCUACCUCAAAUCCUGUGUUCGGUUUUGAGCCCCUCAUCAUAAGAAGGACAUUGAAAUACCAGAGAGAGUGCAGAGGAGGGCAACAAAGCUGUUGAGGGGUCUGGAGCACAAGUCUGAUGAAGAGCAGCUGAAGGAACUGGGGCUGUUUAGCCUAGAGAAAAGGAGGCUGAGGGGAGACUUUAUUGCUGUCUGCAACUACUUGACAGGAGGUUGUAGCAUGGAGGCUGUUGGCCUCUUCUCCUGAGUAGCAAGUGAUAGGAUGAGAGGAAAUGGCCUCAAGUUGUGCCAGGAAAGGUUUAGGUUGGAUAUUAGGAAAAAAUUCUUCACAGAAAGGGUUGUCAGGCAUUGGAACAGGCUGCUCAGAGAAGAGGUGGAGUCACCAUCCCUGGAGGUGUUUAAAAGGUGUUUAGUUGAGGUUCUUAGGGACAUGGUUUAGUGCUAGAGUUAGGUUAUGGCUGGACUCGAUGAUCCUGAGGGUCUCUUCCAACUGAAAUUAUUCAAUGAUUCUAUGAUUCUCUGAUUCUCUGAGAAUCUAUGACAAAAUGAUGGCUUUGACUCUCUGAAAAAUGAAGCAAUGAACCACUGUUGUUUAUUAUUGAGCUAUCUUCCAUGUGAUCUGCAUCUGAGUGGGCAAUAUUUGAGGGAGAGAAGAGAUGAGGAAAAACUGACCAGUUCCCAGAAGUCAAAUAGAAAGAAGACCAAGACUUAGCUAGAUUUCUUUGAGUUAAGAAAUUGAAGGGCUGAGAAACCAGCAGUGAAGUUUCUGUCCACCUGUCUCCAUGGGAAAGAAGAGAGGAAGGAAGGAAGGAAGGAAGGAAGGAAGGAAGGAAGGAAGGAAGGAAGGAAGGAAGGAAGGAAGGAAGGAAGGAAGGAAGGAAGGAAGGAAGGAAGGAAGGAAGGAAGGAAGGAAGGAAGGAAGGAAGGAAGGAAGGAAGGAAGGGAGGGAGAGAGGGAGGGAGGGAAGAAGGCUGGUUAUGGGAACAAAACGGACAGAACUCCUUUUAUGUGGAGAUGGGACAGGACUGUGUGUGCAUAUGAGAGUCUCACUUGCUGGAGAGCUGGUGAAUACACAGCUGCAUAUUUGAGCCUGGGAUGUGCCAUGACAGCAGAUGGGUAGAGAAGGCAGAAGCUUUAUAGGAGAAAGUGCUCUGUCACGUCUCUUCCUCAUGCGUCUUUUCUUUCAUGGGAUAGCAGCUGUAUAUAAUUACUCUUCUGUCCCUGGACAGCCUAAGGAGCUCUACUUGGGGAGACUACCACUUCUGUCAUGGAGGCACCCCGAGGUUAGUUUGAGGGACAACAGGGUCCAGAACAACUUUUAUUAAACCUGUGAGAAACAGGGUUUUAGCACUCCAAAAGCCACAACUUCCUAAAGUCAAAAAUUCCUGUGUUUCUGCUAAUGAUUUUGUGAAGACAUCAAGAGCCGUGGCCCAUGAAUCUUGCUUCAGUCCUCCUACCCAGCUGUGUUUUUUGCUACAGGCUGAGCCGUUGCAGGAGACUAUGACAUUGUGUGACUGUAGACAAACUUUUCCUCUUUUACAGAGAUUUGCUUGAGUGAAUAAACUGUCACACAGUACUCUUGCACAGCUUUAAUUUCAUUUUUGAGUUUGUGCAUAUGCACUUUUGUGUAUUUUACAUUUCAAUAAUAAAAUUAGUUAGGCACUUUAUGCCGUUGCAAAAACAAAGCACCAUUUUAUUUUUAGAAUAUAGUAUUUUCAUAGUAGGACUUCUGUACAGUGCAAUUGCUAAUCCUGUCCUGUAUGUCAACUCAUAUUUAAUUUUCCUCCUUGUUCAGUGGACAAAGCUCUAAAAUAGGAGUAAAAAGAAAAUAUUCUUAUCCAAAACAGUAGGAGAGAACUUUCCUUGACAUUUUGAAAAACAAAACAAAACCCCCUUGCAAUAUUCUUGUUGUGUUGUAUAGACUGCCUGUGAAAUAUACAUGAAAAAUUAUACAAAGUACAAGAAAAAGCACAUACAGCUGGAAAUUGGAUUAUUUAAUUUAAAAGCCAAGUCUUUAUCUAGCAAGUAAAACACAAAUCUAGUAAGAGCUAGAUGUGUCCCUCGCAACUAAUUUUCGAGAAGGUUGACUGUUGGCUGCUUCUCUCUUUGUAAGCCUGACUGAGGCCGUCCUUUCCAGCCACAGAGUGCUGCUGCUUCAUGCUUACAGGUUGUGUGUCAUAGACAACAUGCUCAGCAAGCACUAACCUGGUUUUGGAAGAGCAUCAGCUUCACUUCAGACAAAUGUAAUUGGUUUGCUGACAGUUAAACCAUUCUGUUGAAUAUCCAGUUGUCCAAUAAAAGUCGUUAUCAGUCAGGAUAGCAUCGGAUAGGUAAUUUCUCCCGGAAUAACAAGCAUAAUAUCCACACCUUCGCUACGCUCUCAAAACAAACCUAAUGGAAAAUAUUAUCCUGCACAUUUAGGACAGGUUCUUCCCAGAAUUUCAGGAACAGCAGCAGAGUGUGAGCACAAGGGUUCCCUUGCUCAUUCAAAAGCAUGUGGCUGCUUUUACAGCAAAAUGCCAUCCUAGUUGUCAUUAAUCGUUAGCCUACGAAUAUGAUGGGGGCAGAUCCUUUGAUAAGAGAGAUGUGUUUCCAUUAAGAAGGUCUUGUCAGUAUAGAUGAUAAGGUAUGUCAAUCUCUAGGAAACUGGUGAGUCUGCACAAAAAGGGAUUCCUAAAAAUACACCGAGGCAAUUAAUGAUAUCUGUAAUCAUGUCCUUUGUACAGUAGUCCUUCAUCCUCUGAGCUCACACAUUUUCUAACCUACUGGUUGAUCUGGAAAGGCCCAUGUUGACUGGAUUAAUUUAACCCCCUUUUGUUUAAUUAAGAAAGGCCAGUUUUUUUCACCAGUCUACUUACCAUGGACAAUAAUGAUGCUCUCAUUACAUAUGUCCCAUGCUGACAUCUCCUUAUAUUUUCUAACUUCUACUACCCUGUUUGAUGGAUGAAUCUUUGUGUUCUGCUGAAUGUUUCCAAGCAGAGUGGCUUAGCUGGCUAUCUGCAGCCAGCUCUGAACUUUAGGCAGCGGCUUUGGGAGAAAUUAUCCCAAGGAACCUUCUUCUAGCUGUGUUUGUGCCUUGUGCCCUUGUUGUGGCUGCAGACAGGUCAGUCCCUGCUCUGUGACCAGGCUCUGGCAUGACUUUGCCAGGCUGGUGUUCUGCAGCUGCCCUGGGCCCUGGCAAAGUAUCAAAUAUACCUCCAAAUGCCCUUGUGUUGGGAAGAACAAAUGUGGCACACAACAGCAUUUCUACUUGAGUGGCUGGUCUGGGUAGGGGUAUUGCCAGUGCAGGAGGAGGAGAUGGAUUAUGGCAUGGCAAGGGAGGAAUCAGGGGAACUGGUAAAUAUCUGGUUUGUUUGUUUGUUGCUGUGAUUUGCAGUGUACAGCAGGUGAAAUUCUGCAGUGCUAAUGGUUUGGUAGGGGGAAAAGGAAUAUGGAGUAUGGUCAUGUAAUGUUUAAUAUCAGACAAAUCUCCACAAAUAUGGAAGCAAUUAUUUGCACUGCAGAUGUGAGCCAGCUGGCUGUGUGGCCAUGGCUGCAGCCUAACAUUAAAUAUGCAGCAGUUCCUGAGCUGCAGCUCACUGUGAAUGAUAUACCUCCCCAUUAUCCCUUCAUGUGUAGACAAGCCCAUCAAGCAAAAAAUAAAAGGAAAGCUGAGCUGAGUGUACAGUCUACUUAAAUGCUUUCGAAAGAGUGCAUGUCUGUCCAUUUUGGGCUUCAAAGAUUUUCAAUUUAAAAGUUAGAUUUUUUUUUUUCUCUUAGUUUCAAACAGGAAAAAAUUAUAUUAGGUUGAGGCAUAUGCAGGCAAUUACAGAGUCCCUUCUAGAUGUCUUGAGAUACAUAUAUACAAUGGAAUAUGAAAGUAUACCAUGUUUAUGUGUAAGUUACAGUUCUCUGUGCAUAAUAAAAAUAUUUUAUUUAAGAUAAAGUAAAUUGAGUACUGAAAAUUACAUAUCUCUUCUAUUUAAUUGAUUUCUUUGUGGACCAAGAUAUCACUUAGAUUAAGAAAAUGAUGUAUGAAAUGUAUCUUACAAUCUGUUUAUGGGAAAAAUAGUUUUUAGAAAGAUUAUACAGUACAAUGUGAGGGUUUAUAUCGUGCUAUUAUAGUUACACUCAUUCUGAAUGUAGAGUUGUAGUUGUGGUGGGAGAAAAGAGUAAGACAAAGGGAGGAGAAGAGGAGUUUUCUAGGAAAUUUUGUGCAUGUUGUGGUUUUGUUUUCUCUAUAAUAAAUCCAACUGUCACCAUGAUACAUUAUAGCAGUUUGUGAUCAAUUUUCCAAAAUUUUGAUAAAUUUCAAGAUCACAUCAGUCUCAAUGUCACACAUCUGUCUAAAACACUUUACUUUUCUCUUGAUAAAGGUAAUGGUUACAUUUAAGAAGGGGAAGAAUUCUAUUUUUCAUUUUUGUCACUGCCAACAUUUUAUACUCCGCUCAAUUUCAGUGGUUAAAAAAAAAUAAUAAUACUGCUAACAAGUAUAGGGGCCAUAAUAGGGAAUAGAUAUAUACACCUAUAGCAAUGCCACUAUUAAUCUAAAUAAUUCUGAACUCAAAAGCACAUGUGAUAAUUGAAACUACUGAAAAAGCUGAAAUAAGUAAAUAUUUGUGGGGGCACUUCAACAUUAGCUGAUAGUUAUCUGGGUCUUACACUGAAAUUUAAAUACAUUUCCUGAAGGCAAUGGUAUCAAUACCCUGUUUAACUCAUGCUGACCCACACAGGCCAGUGCCUUUCCUAUGGCAGGGCACCACAGGCAGGAGAGCAGGCAGAGCUGGCUGACAAGAACUUGCAGCAGACAGAUGGGGAACUAGAGAGCCAGGUACAGCUGGAAAAAGGCUUGUAGUGGAAUAUUUCAGAGGUAGGAUGAAGUACAAAGGCCAACCAUGUUCACACCAAGCUCACCCUCAGCCCUUGCUGUCUUAGUGGAGUCAAAAGCUGACUGAGCAGCCCCUCUCCCAACUCAUGUCAGGGUCCACAGCUGAGUGCAAUCAAACAAUUGCAGGUGGUCAGCUGUGGUGAAUAACUGCUGACUUUGUGACACCCUGCCCACCAUCUUUCAUUAAAGUAAGCAAAGGCUGAGGUGGUGGUAGAACUGCUGUUAGUAUAAGUGAUGGUGUGGAUGCCAUUUAAGUAUCAAUCAAGAGUUGGUGGCUUUUUUUUUGGGACACAGAGUGAGUUACGUUCAAAAAGACUUUCUUCCUGAAAUGCAAUCAAUCACACAGAGCUGAGGAAUCUGCCAGAGGUGGUCUAUGUUAAGGUGCUGUCACUUGGGCCUCCACAGCAUGUGGCUGAUUGCACAGGUGCUUGAGAGAACUGCACAAAGACCCCUUAGGCACAGGGGCAGGAGACCCGCUUGCACAAGACUCCCUGAUCUGAACAGGAGCUGAAAAACUCUAGCCACAGUCACAGCAGUGGGACUUCAGCUCAAGAGGAAUCAACCACUGCAGCCGCUCCUGAAGGUCAGCAGGUAGGUGGCACAGCUGCCUCUCCAUGGGGCCUGGCCAGGGCAACGGGCUGCCACAGCACCUUGGCACCGCUGGGGUGACGCGAGAGGAUGCCAGGAGAUGUCUUGCAAGCUCUGCAGGACGCUAAGAUCAACACCAGCUGUCAGAAAUGCCUUCCAACACCUUUGGUCAAACAACAGGGGGUCUUAGGAGGUGUUAAAAGUGUUAGCCAGCCUUCUAACCUGGGGUUAUGGAACAGCCUCUCAGAGGAAAAUAUUCUGGUCCUGCUCUUUAGACUCCAAGAAAACUAGGAAAUGAAGUUGUAGCUCAGAAUUGGUAGUUGGUAAUGCCAUUUGCACAUGUAAAACCCCAAAGAAAGAACCACAACCAAACUAGGAAGAGAGAAACUUAAAGAUAAGGCCUUUCAGUGCAAAUUUUGACUCCAGGAUGCGAAAUGGAGGUAUAACAGUAUAAAAAUUACACAACUUGAAACAGUUUUCUGUCUUUAGCUUCUGAAAAUUGAUGUUGAUAGUCACACCUCAGCUACACUCUGGCAUGUAUCUUCUCUUCUUUCACAUGUGCUUGCUUUUGAAAAUCAAAUAAAAUUCCUGCUUUGUUACUUGA